AAUUCCAAACAAGGAAAUCAUGAACCAUCGUGCAUUCUUUGCGUGAAAGAUCCUAUAUAAGAAUACGAUCUAUAUAAGAAUACAAUCAUAUUCACUGAAAAAUCUAUCCAUACUCGUUCCUUUGAUUUGGAUGCUGGUUGUUAAUAGCGUGAAGGGUUGCAGAGAAAUAGAUGGACAAUAUAUCAAAGUCAACAGUUUCUCCCAAUCCAAUUAUUUUGAAGAGUGAGGGCUUACUCAAGUAUAUACUAGAAACCAGCGUUUAUCCACGAGAAGCAGAGAUUCUCAAAGAACUAAGGAAUGCAACCACAAAUCAUCCUCUUGGCUUCAUGGGCACUUCACCUGAUGCGGGUCAGCUAAUGGCCUUGCUCUUGAAACUUUUAAAUGCUAAAAAGACAAUUGAAAUAGGAGUUUUCACCGGAUACUCUCUUCUCCUCACCGCACUUAACACUCCUCGUGAUGGAAAGAUUACAGCUUUGGAUCCAGACAGAAAAGCAUAUGAGAUAGGACUUCCAUUCAUCAAAAAGGCUGGUGUUUUGCACAAGAUUGACUACAUAGAGUCUCCAGCUUUGCCGGUUCUUGAUAAACUCCUACAAGAUCCUGCGAAUGAAGGGACUUUUGGCUUUGCCUUCGUUGACGCUGACAAAAAUAACUACUGGAAUUACCAUGAGAGGCUUAUCAAAUUGGUUAAGAUUGGCGGGAUUGUUGCCUAUGAUAACACACUUUGGGGAGGAACUGUUGCUUUACCAGAAAUGGCAGUGUCAGAACCAAAGAGAGAAUGGAGAAGAUUCACACUUGCUUUUAACGAAGCAAUUUCAAGGGAUUCUCGUCUUGAACUUGCUUUUGUUUCAAUAGGAGAUGGGCUCACUAUAUGCAGGCGCAUUCGCUGAUUUAAUUUGAUUCCCAAUAUUGAGUUAUGAUCAAUAGUCCAAGACAUGGUCUAAGAAAAUUACACUCCCCAAUUUUUUUUCUUAAUAUAGCAACUAGAACUAACAUGAACGCAUUUGUUAUUGCAUAACCCAUAAUAUGGGUUGUUAAGAAUCGGUUACAAUAAUCAACCCCGGGUUUUCUAUAUGUUCUUAAUCAUUGUAUUAGAGACCAGUCAAUGAAAACAAAAUUAACAAUGAUCAUUUACAGCCUGUGUAUUUGG